AGGAGAGCAAGGCAGGGCCGCUGCGGCCGCCAUGUAGCCCGACUCAGUGAUUGAGGAUAAGACCAUCGAGCUCAUGAUAAGUAAUGGAACAUCAUCUGUGAUUGUCUCCAGAAAGAGGCCAUCAGAAGGAAACUAUCAGAAAGAAAAGGACUUGUGUAUUAAAUAUUUUGACCAGUGUUCUGAAUCGGACCUAGUGGAAUUUGUGGAGCAUCUUAUUUCACGAAUGUGUCAUUACCAGCAUGGACAUAUCAACUCUUACCUGAAGCCCAUGUUGCAGCGGGACUUUAUCACUGCAUUACCAGAGCAAGGUUUAGAUCACAUAGCAGAAAAAAUCCUUUCCUACCUGGAUGCCAGAUCUCUGUGUGCAGCAGAGCUGGUGUGCAAAGGAUGGCAGUGAGUGAUCUCUGAAGAAAUGCUUUGGAAGAAGCUGAUUGAACGGAUGGUACGCACUGAUCCUCUGUGGAAAGGACUUUCAGAAAGAAGAGGGUGGGAUCAGUGCCUGUUUAAAAACAGACCCACAGAUGGCCCUCCCAAUUCAUUUUAUAGGUCGUUAUACCCAAAGAUUAUUCAGGACAUAGAGACUAUAGAAUCUAACUGGCGGUGUGGACGACACAACUUGCAGAGGAUUCCGUGCCACUCUGAAAAUAGUAAAGGUGUCUACUGUUUACAGUACAAUGAAAAAAUUAUCAGUGGCUUACGAGAUAAUUCUAUUAAGAUCUGGGAUAAAACUAGCCUGGAGUGUUUGAAAGUGUUAACAGGGCACACAGGCUCUGUCCUCUGUCUCCAGUACAGUGAACGUGUCAUUGUAACUGGCUCUUCAGAUUCCACAGUAAGAGUCUGGGAUGUGAACACAGGUGAAUUUCUUAACACCUUAAUCCACCACAGUGAGGCUGUGCUGCACUUACGCUUCAGCAAUGGUCUGAUGGUGACUUGUUCAAAGGACCGCUCCAUCGCUGUGUGGGAUAUGGCUUCUGCCAUUGAUAUCACUCUAUGCCGAGUCCUGGUUGGCCACCGUGCUGCUGUCAAUGUAGUAGACUUUGAUGAUAAGUACAUUGUGUCUGCCUCUGGAGACAGGACCAUCAAAGUCUGGAGCACAAGCGCCUGUGAAUUUGUGCACACUCUCAAUGGGCACAAGCUAGGCAUUGCCUGUCUCCAAUAUAGGGACCGUCUGGUAGUCAGUGGAUCGUCAGAUAACACCAUCAGGCUUUGGAAUAUCGAAUGUGGUGCCUGCUUAAGAGUCCUAGAGGGACGUGAAGAGUUGGUCCGAUGCAUCUGGUUUGAUAACAAGAGAAUUGUCAGCGGUGCCUAUGAUGGGAAAAUUAAAGUUUGGGACUUGCAAGCUGCCCUUGACCCUCGAGCCCCAGCAAGCACAUUGUGUUUGCGCACCUUGGUGGAACAUUCUGGUCGUGUGUUUUGACUACAGUUCGAUGAGUUUCAAAUCAUCAGCAGCUCCCAUGAUGACACUAUUUUGAUUUGGGAUCUCUUAAAUGUGCCUCCUAGUGCCCAGAAUGAGACACGUUCUCCCUCCAGAACAUACACUUACAUCUCCAGAUAACAGUCUGCACUUUCACCCUUUUCAGGGUUUCCUAGU